UUCUUUUUAUCUCUCUCUCUCUAAACAACUGUUUUUCUCUCUAUAUAACUUCAACAAAAUCCAUCAAAAAUCUUUUUCUUUUGUUAUCAAUCAAUCAAUUUUGAUGGAUAAAAUUAAUCAAGAAAAUAAUAUUGAUGAAGAAAUAAUGGAAUUUAGAAGAGGUCCAUGGACCGGUGAAGAAGAUUUUAUUCUUAUCAAUUAUAUUUCUCAACAUGGUGAAGGUCGUUGGAAUUCCCUCUCACGUUGUGCUGGUUUAAAGAGGACGGGAAAAAGUUGCAGGCUAAGGUGGCUUAAUUAUCUUAGACCAAAUGUUCGACAUGGAAAUAUUACACUUGAAGAACAACUUUUAAUUCUUCAACUUCAUUCUCGUUGGGGCAAUAGGUGGUCAAAAAUUGCGGAACAUUUGCCAGGAAGAACGGAUAACGAGAUUAAAAAUUACUGGAGAACUCGAGUGCAAAAACAUGCGAAACAACUAAAAUGUGAUGUCAACAGCAAACAAUUCCAAGAUACACUACAUUAUCUUUGGAUUCCAAGGCUAGUUGAGAGAAUUCAAGCAUCCAAAACUCCCAAUAGUAAUUCUAGCAGCAGAGCUCAGCAACCCGUUCUGAGAACGGGUGUUACUGAGCUCAUGCCAAUUCAUCUGACGAACAACAACAACAAUAAUAAUAAUUUAAGUAUGAGCGUUACAAUGGAGAAUUCCAGCGUGGCAACUUUAUCAGAAAACUCAAUUGGGACACAAGUUUCACCUACUCAAGAUUAUUAUCAAGUUAAUCAAAGUAAUCAAUUAUGGUUUGAAGAUUACCAAGCAAUGGAUCAACAAAAUAUACAAUUAUGGAUGGAUAAUGAAGAUGUUUUCAACAAUUUGUGCAACUUUGAAGACAUUUGGUCCUAAUUAGAGAGCAGUAAAUUAAAUCAACAAUAAUAUUUGAGUUUUGGCAUUUUGUUUAGACUAUAAUAAC